AUGAUGUCCGAUGAAGAAGAUUUCGACUGCCCCCUCUGCAUGGAAGAGCUUGACAUCUCGGAUAGAAACUUCCGUCCCUGUCCCUGCGGCUACCAGAUCUGUCGCUUCUGCUGGCACCACAUCAAGGAAGAUCUCAACGGCCGCUGUCCUGCUUGCAGGCGAGUGUACUCGGAAGAGACAGUUGAGUUCACGCCCAUCUCCGCAGACGAACUGGCCAUGAUCAAGAAUGAGAAGAAGGCAAAAGAGCGUGAAAAGAAGGAGAUCGAGGCUAUGAACAGGAAGCACCUCUCCAACAUGAGGGUCGUCCAAAAGAGCCUGGUGUAUGUCAUCGGCCUGCCUACCAAACUAGCAAACGACGAGCACACCCUGAGACAGCACGAGUACUUUGGCCAAUACGGCAAGAUUGCAAAGGUCGUCAUCAACAGGAGAAAUGCCCCGAUGCCAGUGGGAGGAUCGUCGCCAGGACAAGCCAGUGUUGGUGUCUACAUCACAUAUGUGCGGAAGGAGGACGCGGCCAAGGCCAUUGCGGCCAUUGACGGCAGCAUAUGGGACGGAAAGAUUCUCAGAGCGUCUUAUGGCACCACCAAGUACUGCACGUAUUACCUCCGAGGCAUGAACUGCCAAAAUCCAGGAUGCAUGUAUCUCCACGAGCCUGGAGAGGAUGCUGAUAGCUACACCAAGGAGGAUCUCGCAGUCGGGAAGCAUCAAAGCCCAGAACCUACACCGUAUGAUGGGUAUAGCAGUAAGCCUCCGGUGUUGGGACGCCCUCCUCUCCCGUCCCAAGGAUCCAGUGCCUCUCUAACUCCUAGACCCAAAGCUGCAACGGUGCCAUCCUACCAGUCUGCAGCUUCUUCGUUAUCAGACUGGCCAGCUCCUGGAGGUGACAGAGGAAACGGCGAUGAUAGGGAGGAGGAAGGCUCAGCCCUUCCUGCAACGGCGUCUUGGGCAAAAAUUGGCAGCAAUCCUUCUACCCCCACUUUACACAGCUCCACACCCCUGUUGCGGAAACUCGAAGGACCACCACCCCUGCGAUCUAAGGGUUCUACCACGUCGAUUAUUACCGGUAUUGUCGUCAACAAUGGCAAGAGGAAAGAACUCAAUUACACCAAGGAUGGCGCGCUGAUCGAUGAUUCUCCAACGCCAGCAGAAGCCCUGGCAAUUGAGGCUGCCGCAAAGCAGCAGAUGCUUCUGGAACAACGGCAACAACAAGAACAGCUACGGAAGCAACAGCUCCUCUUGCAGAAACAGCAGCAAGAGAAUGAGUUGCAGGCCGAGCUGCUCAACCAGAAGCUCAAGAAGCAGAGGCAACUGGAGAUGGAGCAAGAGGAACUGGAGCGUCAAAAGCAGAAACAGCAGCAGGUGAUGGAGCUGAAGAUGCAGAAACAAAAGGAAAAGGAGCAACAGAAGAAAGAGCAGCUCCGGCUAGAACAGUUGCAGAAGGAAAAGGAAGCUCAGGAGAAGGCUCGAAAGGAGCAGGAACUCAAGGAGCAGAAGGAGCGGGAAGAGCGGGAAGAGCGCGAACGUCUUCAGAAGGAGCGCGAAGAGAAGGAGAGACUGGAGAAGGAGAGGCUCGAGGAACUGGAGCGCAUCGAAAAAGAGCGUUUGGAGAAAGAGGCCCGCGAGGAACAAGCAAGAAAGGAGCAGGAGGAGAAGGAGCGCCUGGAGAAGGAAGCCCGCCUCGCGCAGAACCAACCCAAGCUCUCUCUCGGUUCAUUCUCGUUCAACCCCGAUGCUUCUUUGGCCACAUUCCCUCACUCCUUUGGCAACCCCGCUGCAGCUCCCCCACUCGGAACGGAUGCGCCAGGUCCCUUUGGCCUGGAUACCUUUGCCGGUUACCCGAACCUUCCUCUCACGCCCACGCACUACACUGGCUCGUUCAACCCCUUCUCUAUGGAGGAUGAGCCUCUCAUGCGGCGAUCGAUGAUCCCACCCGCUCGCAACUUCCUGGGCGAUUCAGACUAUGAUCCCGUAACCGGACGCAGCCGCCCUGUCGGUCCUCCUAUUCCUGGCAAGCCAAGACAGACCUCUCGUUUUGGAUUUGCCACGGACGGCCAGUACGGUGACUCAAUGGGCCGCGAGGGAUACUCUGAUCCUCCACCCAACAUGCAGUCCAUGGAGGAGGGCUUCCGAGCUCUCUUCCCCAACGUCAAUGUCAGCUUUGGUCGACCUGACGGCGGUUUGGGUCAGCAGCAAGUGCAGCAACAGCAACAACAGGCGAUGUAUCAGUCAUCGCCUUUGCUUCAUCGUCAGGAACCCCCCGGCAUGUGGAACGGUGCGGACAAGCAAGAGGGUCAGGCAUUCCAGAGAAGCAUGAACCAGCUGAACAUGGACCCUAUGCUGACGACGCCUAGCUCUCGUAUGGCCGAGUACCACCAACAACUUUCCAUGCAGCAGCAGCAGUCUACUCAGCAGCAGCAGCAACAACAUCAUCAACAACAACAGCAUCAACAACAACAACAUCAUCAACACCAACAACAACAACAACAACAACAUCAACAACAACAGCAUCAACAACAACAACAACAACAGCAACAACAACAACAACAACAACAACAACAUCAACAACAACAUCAACAACAGCAACAACAACAGCAACAGCAACCACCACAGCGGAGCGGUCCCCCUGGUCUCGCAAGAAACCCGAUGACCCCAACGAUGAUGAAGUCGCCACCCCCUGGUCUGGAGAGCCUGGCUCGCAACGGAUACGGUGGCUGGUCGGAUUCGCAACAGCAGCAGCAGCAGCAGGCACAGCAGUUGUUGCACCAGCAGCAACAGCAACAGCAACGUCCACAGCAGCAAACGUCUCGAUUGAACAGCUGGAAGGGCGAGGGUCAGCCGGGGCCCAUCAACACUGGUAUGCCCCACAAUAACCAAGAGAAUGCUCAGGACUUUUUCGGUGCUUUCUUGAAGGCCGCAGCUGCCUCGCCCUCCAACCAGUCAGCCCCCAGCGGCAACCAGCAAGGUGCCCAAAAUUCAAUUCCUUUCCAAGACCCUGCCAUCAUGUCCGUUCGCUUGGCCUCUUCUGCGGCGGCCAGACCCUCCUUGGUUGAAGCCCUUCAGCAGCCACCUAUGGGUGGCGCUUACUCUGGCGCCUACGGGCAAAUGGGCCGCGAGGCCUUCUCUGAUGUUGGAAUACGCCACGGUGACAACACCAACUCUCCUCUGCUUCAGCAAUUCGGCCUCGGAUCGAAGCGCAUGGACCAUUACUCUCCUCUCAAGCCUGCCAACAUGGAGGCUUACCCUGUAGCGUUUGGGGCUGGCGAGUCGCCCAUGAUGAGCACGAUCAACCCUGCUGCUGCUGCGGCGCGCUCUGCCAAGGUCAAGUCGGACCUUUUGAUGGGUCUCAACACUGGUAUUCGACCUGAGAGACUAAGCAUGAAGGAUCAACCCCAGCAAGCCAGGCCACCCUCUGUUCUCUCUGAGGAGCAUAGCAGCAUCCUCAACAGCCUGAAUGGCGGCAUGAGGAUGAACUCUCCAGCCAACAUGUACAACAGUAAUGCAGGUGGCGGCGACUAUCUUAAUCGUCCCUCGAGCCAGUACGAGGGAUUGUCCAUGAACGGCGUCUUUGGAGGCAGCGGCCUGAAUGGUCCUAUGAUGUCCAUGUCGAUGCCGCCGUCGUCUGGUUCGGGCGUGUCGAUCUCUGGUCCUCCUCCUGGCUUGGGCAUGCCUCCUAACAGCGGCAACAACAGUGGUGCCCAGAGUGGAGGAAACAACCCCAACAACAGACCUGGAUCUUACGCUUUGGGAGGAGGCGACAAUGACAACAAUGGUCCCUCGUCGUUUGGACCUGGCAUGGGCGGCAUGGGCUUGAACGGCAACAUGAACAAGCCUAUGGAUAUCACCAGUAUGAUGAGUGCGCUUGACUUUUUCGGUCCAUCCUCGUCCGUUGGCCCUUCCUCUGGAACCUUGGCCAACAACUGGUCGAUGCCCAAUGGAAAUGCGCACCAUCCGUCGUAUCUCCAGCAGCAGCAUUUGCUCCACCUCCAACAGGGCCUGAACUCUCCUACCAACAGUAACAAUGGCCAGGGAGCGCCAAGCCUUGGGUCCCGUCGCGACUCUGCCCAAUCAAACACCAGCCUUUCGAUGAACGGCGGUCCACAGCAGCAGCAGUAUCAGCAACAGCAGCAACAGCAGCAACAGCAGCAACAGCAGCAACAGCAGCAACAGCAGCAACAGCAGCAGCAACAGCAAGGGUUCAACAAUGGCGGCUUUGAACAUGGCGGCAACCCCAAUGCUCCCAACACCAACAAUAGUACCAGCAACGGCAACAGCAACAACACCAGCGAAGUAAAUACUGCUCAGUCGACCCCUCAUAUGAGCAAUCCUACGGCAGCUGCAGGAGCGACGGCGCGGAGUGUUGAGGACCUGGAGUUGCAGGUGAUCAAUGCCAAGAUGGAAACCCAAAUGCUUGAGAACCAGCUGAACGCUGUCAUCAAACGUAACCGCCGCAAGCUCUAUGCUUGA